AGUCCAGGAACUAGUCAUGUCCUGUUUAUGCUCUUCGCAACGGAGCCUCUGCCUCUCAAGUAAUAGAUAGAAGAAAAGAAUGUGUGGAUGAGUGGGAAUCGAGGGUUAUACAGAACUCACUUCAAUAGAGGAACUCUUUCCGGUCUGAGAGGAGGAACCAUGAGGACAGACAUUUAUACAGUUACAAUCCUGAGAGUACACAUCACCCUACCUUCAAGAGUGUGAGUGCAUCCUGAGAGAAAGGACAAAAUGCCAGGCAAAAAAGGUGACUCAAAGGCGGCGGCAAAAAAAGGAGGGAAGGCAGAGCCAGAAAAAAGCAAAGGCAAAGAGGAAGAAAAAAAAGGGAAAGAUGACAAAAAGGGGGCUAAAGAGGACAAGAAGGGAGGAAAGGAUGAUAAGAAAAAAGGAAAAGAAGAACCCAAAGGUAAAGGAAAAGAUGACGGAAAGAAAGGAAAGGACAAAGGAAAGGGGGCGAAAGUAGUUAGUGAGUCAGAAGAGGGGUCAGACGCAGAGCCGAUAGAGGAUGACGAAGAGUUGAGUGAAGACGAAGAAAGGGACGAAGACUCAGAAAGGGACACACGCAAGUCUGGACAUGGAAAGGCUGGUGCUAAAAGCAAAGCAGCAAAGGGAAAGUCCAAAUCAAAACAUGCUGCAUCAGAUGAGGAGGAAGACGAAGAAGAUGAAGAGGAUGAGGAAGAUGAUGAAAGUGAAGAAGAUAAGAAAGGAAAAAAGAAAUCAAAAGACGCCCACAAAUCCAAAUCUAAACCUGAGGCGGAAGGAACAAAGAAAAAGGCCAAAAAGAAGGACGAGGGUCCACCUGAGACAGCACCAGAACCUACAAAGAAACUAUUUGGUUUCCCUGGACUUGGGAAGAGCUCAAAUAAGCGACUAAAAAGUACAUCUAGACUGUUUCUCGGACUUGGCAAGCAAAAGAGUUUCGUGGUCAAGAAAAAGAGAAGGAAAUCUGUUUUGAAGAAUGCCCCGAGGCUUCUGAUGCGCUUCAAAGCCAGUAAAAAAAAGAAAAACGAGAAGGAACAAAAUGACCAGUUGGGACGCAAGCCGUCUUACAUGCUACUUAGAAUUGGUGGCAACAAACCAGCAGAAAAGAAAUCGGGGUUUUUCAGAGGACUUUUUGGAAAAAAGAAUGCCGGUGAUGGGUCAGAUUUUAAAAACCAAAGUCGGAUACUGGGGAAAGUUGCUGGAGCGACAAACUGGCUAACUAAGAAGUUCCUCUCAACAAAAUUGAAACAGAGACCAUUUAACAGAAACCGUGGCCGCUUGGGACAGUCACGCACCAAACAGUUUCCUGGGGGAAGUCGACAAACAAGCGUUCGAGGACCUCACGGGCAUCACAACUACGCAUAUGAACAUGAUUUUGAUGAAUAUGACUAUAAUAACCAUGGUAGAAUAAGCACCGGUGCAUUUAACAGACAGUCACUGCAGAGAUCCCCAAAUUGGUAUGAAGAUCCUGUUGACUACUAUGAAGCGCAGUCACAUGAUCAAGGCUAUUAUGAAAUUGAUGAUGAAUACUAUGACCCACACAUGGACAUACAGAAUGAAGGAGAGUAUUAUGAUGAUGGUAUGGGCUUCUAUAACACAUAUUCUGCGCAACAUCAAAUGGGCUACUACCCAGGGGAGAUGGAGUACUAUGGUCAACAGCAUCUGAUGGAUCCAUAUUACACUGAUAAUAUGGAAUACUAUGACGAGAAUCAGUACCUUAUAGAGGAUUGUUAUGAACCUUAUGGAGAUGAAACCGAGUUUUAUGACCAGAGUCAGUUUGAUUACUAUGAUGACCCUCAGGAAUUCUAUGACAAUCCAUAUGGUGAAAUUGGAGCAGCUGAUCCAUACAUGACUUCGUAUGGAGUGUAUGAAGAUCCAUAUCUCCAGGACUACCAGUUUAAUUACAGUGAAUCAGGGGUUACCCCAUAUCUUGAAUCUUCCUAUAACAUGUACCAGCCAUAUAGUUAUACAAUGCAUGAUGUCAUGGAGGGUGAUGAGUUUAACAAUGUUUCUAUAGAGCCAAUGGAACUUCAAGGAGACAUGUUCAGAGUUCCAAGGCCUCAAGUAAAGCUUUUUGGUCAAGAAAGGAUAGCAGUUGAACCUCAUCCAUUGGCAACACAAUAUGAUCCUGAAGAGAUGUCACAGAUUCAUUAUAAAAAUGUACAGUUUAUUCCAGACGGUGCUUUUCCUGCACAAGUAUAUACACAAGAACUGCUGCAUCCAGGGUUACCUCAGAUUCCCACACCAACUGCAAUGUUAAUUAAGCAUGCUAAUAGUCCUCAGGGGUUUGUGAGCCCUAACAUUCAGUCUCCACAUAUGUCACCCAUGGCCCAAGGUGGUGCUUUCCCCCCAUCACCUACACCAAGCAGGAGGUCCAUGGGAAUGAUGGCUUCACCUGUACAAAGACCCCUGUCCCCUAUGUUAGCAAGAGAAAGAUUCACAGAACCAUUAAUGGAUGUGGGCCCCCCCCAUGUUCCCAUGCAGAAACAAAGCUUUCAUGCCUCUCCUCAGCCCUCUAUACGGAGAAGACAGAGCCCAUCUCCACAGCCCUCCAUACGUGGAUUUGUAGUUAGGGAUGUGCCUCCAUCUCCACCAAGAGGGAUGUCGUCUCAAUAUGUUCAACGCCCACCUUCCCCAUUUGGACAGAGAAAAGUCAGCCCAACUGCUUCUCCAGCAGCCUUUAGUCAUUUCCAUCCUCAGGCCUCAUUCACAGAAGCCAAGUAUUCCCCUAUUCCUAUGGCCCGGCGAAUGCCGAGUCGAAUGCCCUCAUUUCACACAAGCCCUCCAGCUUCUGCUCAUGGUUCCAUCCGCAAGCAAAGCCCACUCCAUUCUCCCCAUGCGUCUAUAAGAAGACCCAGCCCAGUUUCCUCCCCAUUAAAAACUCAUCGUCCAUUUGGUGCCAGGAAGCCUCAAGGUUCCACAUCUCUUCCUAGGCAAAUUAGUCCUCCAACCUCUCCUCAAAUGGGCAGGCGUACUGUGGGCAGUGUUCAGCAGAUGGACUCUAAUAGGCCACACUCCCCAUUUGCAGCUCACAGAUCAUCACCUACACCUUCACGGAGAAGUUUUACAAUUGGUUCAGAAUCUCCUCAGCCUCCUCUACCAGCUGGACAAAGAUCACCAUCACCCAGCUUCUCCCGUAGGUCAACUCAGCUUAUGAGGAACCCACCCCCAUUCGGCUCACCUGGUGGUCAAAUGCGUGGAAUGGGGCGUCCAAACAUUCCCAUGGGAACAGUAAAACCCUCUCUAGGUCAAAUGGGUCGUUUGGGUGCUUCAACCAAAAACAUGCCUCCUUCCAGAGCGUCCAUACGUAGCAACAGAUCGGUCAUGGCUCAGGACAUCAGAGCCUCCCCAAAGCUUCCAGGUCAACACCCUGGAAUGGUCAUUAUGGAGCAGAGGCACUUCAUUCCCCCAGGACGAGCAGGUCCCACUAGGAAUACACAAAGACCAGUUGGUCUUGGCCGUCCUCUGAUGGCCAGGCAGUCUCUGAGGCGAGGACCUCCUUCACCACAGCCUUCUCUAAAACAUAUUGGUCCUACAUCACCCCAACCUUCCAUUAGACAUCUGUCCAGGCCAACUUCCCCUCACCCCUCUAUCAAACAUGGCUCACCAUUACCAAGGCCAUCUCCUUAUCCUAUUACAAUAGAACCAGUCCCUGUGGAAUUUGAUCAAAUGAUAAAUGUGCCUCGAUCACCCAUGGUCACCAGUGCUUUACAAAAUCAAAGUAUUUGUAAUGCCUCUUAUAAAUCACCCUUCCAGCAACCACCACUGCCACAGCAGUACCUGGAGACACUAGCAUCACCUGUUAUAUCAAAUGCUUUGCAAAAUACUCAAGUCCGGGGUGCAUCUUUCAUCUCACCGCUGCAAAGACCAGGUUCUCCAUAUGUUCCCGAAGUGCCUGCAUCUCCAACACUGUCUAGUGCUAUUCAAAAUCCUUACCUUCAUAAUGCCUCAUACAAAUCAGUGUUGCAGAUACCUUCUUCCACCUACUCACCAGUUGUGUCACAGUAUGAUUACAUAGAGGAGCCAGACCCUGGCCCACUCCUCACUAAUGCUCUUCAAAACCCCAGUGUCCGAAAUGCUGCUUACAGAACACAUUUACAUAGGAGAGGAUCCAGAAAUGCCCCUAGCCCAAGGAGAUCGCCAGUUCUCUCAAAUGCUUUACGAAACGAACAACUCCGGAAGGCUUCUUACCAAACACAACUGUCUCAACCAACGAAAACCUACUCCUAUGUUCCCAUGAGGGGUUAUACCCAGAGCCCUAUUCUGUCAAAUGCACUGCAUAAUCCUCAAGUCCGUGGUGCAACCUAUAAUCUGCCAGGUGGCACGCUGGUACAUGGCAAUCAAAUGGUGGCUCCAGCUACCUCUCCAAUGCUAACUAAUGCUUUACAAAAUCAACAGCUUCGGAAUGCUUCCUACAGACUUUCAGAUGGGACUAUAAUAAGUGUGGAGCCCCACCUACAACAACCCUUGUCUCCAAACAUCUCAAAUGCCUUAGAUAAUGCAAACCUGAGAUACGCCGCUUAUAGACUUCCAGAUGGAACUAUAAUCACCAGAGAUUCCCUUCAACAUCAGCAACAACAAUCCUCUUCUCCAAAUCUAUCUAGAGCUUUGCAAAAUCCAAACAUUAAAAAUGCUUCCUACAGACUUCCAGACAAUCCACUUAUUACAGAAUACCGGAGGCCAGUAUCUCCCAAUCUGUCCCGUGCACUUAGAAACAAUAGCAUUCGAAAUGCAUCCUAUAGGCUGCCAGAUGGAACAGUUAUUUUUACAGAGCAACAAGUGGAACCAACUUCUCCAGCCCUGUCAAGUGCACUGCAAAACCCAACUCUUCGAAACGCAUCCUAUAGACUAGGUGAUGGCACAAUAAUUUUUCCUGAUUAUGGCCAAUCAAAAUCUAUCUCCCCAAAUUUAUCACACGCACUUCAGAAUGCACAGAUGCGGAAGGCUAGUUAUAGAUUGCCAGAUGGGUCUAUUAUAACCACACAGCUUACUACACCUUCCCCUAAUUUGGCAAGUGCUCUGCAGAAUCCAAAUAUGUCUCGUGCUACAUAUAGGCUACCUGAUGGCAAUAUAAUCAGUGCUAAUCCAGUACACUCACCAAGCUUGACAGGUGCCCUCAAAAAUGCAAACAUCAAAAAGGCCUCCUUUAGGCUUCCAGAUGAAUCCAUUUUUUUACGUACUAAAUCAACCGGUCCAAACCUGGCAGAAGCCUUGAAAAAUGAAAGUCUUCGCAAAGCCUCAUACCGACUACCAGAUGAUUCUAUUAUUUCAGCAGAUCCUCAGAGUCAUACAAGCAAUCCAAAACUUUCACAAGCCCUUUUAAACCAAAAUCUUCGUAAAGCUAUUUACCGUUUGCCUAAUGAAUCCAUUCUCAGGCAAGGUUUUGAAGUUUCAUCAUCACCUCAGCUGAAGGAUGUGCUGAAAAACACCGGCCUAAAAAAUUCCUCCUACCAGCUGCCUUCAGCACUAUCUACUGUUACAGCAUCCGGAUUGAUUAUUGGGCCGGAUGGCAGAUAUGCAAUUGUCUCCCCACAAAGAAAAGGGCCUCAUGAACACUGGGCUAUGAAUGCCAGGGAGGGACAAAGUGCAGAGGAUGUGUGGGCUGCAGAGAGAGUUUUGCCUCAUGGAACUGUUCAGAAUCUUACCAAGUGGUCUAUGUACCGUGACGAAAACAUGAUAGACCACCUUUCUCUACCACCUUUUGGUGUUGGGUCCAGUGAAGGUGAGGUGCCGUGGGUACCAGAUCGGGAAGGGGAGCCCUCGGGCCAGUGGUAUGAUAAGAUGUAUUCUAUAAGAAGUCUGCCUACCAUGAGUUACAGAGAGAAAAGAGAAGCUGAUGGACUUGAGGACAUGACACAGUUGGAGGAAUUAACAGAAGCAGCUGUUUUAAUAAACCUGAACACUCGCUUUGACCAAGAGCUCAUCUAUACGUAUAUCGGCUGUAUUCUGCUAUCAGUUAAUCCAUACAAGUUAUUGAACAUCUAUGGAACAGACAUGGUCCUGCAGUAUAACGGUCAUGGCUUAGGAGAAAACCCACCUCACCUCUUUGCAAUUUCAAACCUUGCCUACACGACAAUGAUGGACGUCAAGCGGAACCAGUGCAUUAUCAUCAGUGGGGAGAGCGGAUCCGGAAAAACGGAGGCCACCAAACUGGUCCUGAGAUACCUCACUGCCAUACAUCAUGAGCGAAACGUAACACAACAGAUUGAGAUCCUGGAAGCAACUCCUCUGCUGGAAUCUUUUGGGAAUGCCAAAACGGUGCGGAAUGACAACUCCAGUCGCUUUGGGAAGUUUGUGGAGAUCUUUCUGGAGGAAGGAGUGAUAAGCGGUGCCAUAACUUCACAGUAUCUACUGGAGAAGUCCAGGAUUGUUUUUCAGGCAAAAAAUGAGAGGAACUACCACGUUUUUUACGAGAUGUUGGCCGGACUCCCUGUUCACCAGAAACGAGUCUUCUACCUGCAGGAGGCUGAAACGUACUACUACCUGAACCAGGGUGGUGACUGUGCGAUCGAGGGGAAGGACGAUGGCGAGGACUUCAGGAGGAUACAAAGUGCCAUGGACAUUCUCCACUUCAGCCCUGAGGACCAGAGCAGUGUGUUCAGAGUGCUUUCAUCCAUCCUUCACCUGGGCAAUGUCUUCUUCCACAGGCUUGAGACUGACGUGCAAGAAACGGCCGGCGUCGUAAGUGCUCAGGAGAUCCGCGUGGUGGCCGAACUGCUUCAGAUUUCUCCAGAAGGACUGCAGAAAGCCAUCACCUACAAAAUGAUGGAAGCAAUGAAGGAGAAAAUAUACACUCCGCUGAGCGUAGAGAGUGCCGUGGAUGCCAGAGAUGCCGUUGCCAAGAUCCUUUAUUCCCUGCUCUUCCAUUGGUUGACGGAGCGGAUCAACGGCCGUGUUUACCCGAGAAACGAGGCUCUCUCCAUAUCUAUAUUGGAUAUUUAUGGAUUCGAGGAGUUAGCAUUUAACAGUUUCGAGCAGCUCUGCAUCAACUACGCUAAUGAGACGCUUCAGUUCUUCUUCACAAAGAUCAUUCUAAAGCAAGAACAGGAGGAGUACAUACGAGAGCAAAUCAGCUGGAAGGAAGUGCCCUUUACUGACAACAAGGCAUGUAUAGACCUCAUCGCAGCUAAGCCCCAUGGGAUACUUCGCAUUCUCGAUGACCAGAGCUGCUUUCCUCAGGCCACUGACCACACCUUCCUUCAGAAGUGCCACUAUCAUCAUGGAGAAAAUCCACUUUACUCCAGGCCAAAAAUGCCACUGCCAGAGUUCACCGUGAAGCACUACGCAGGACGAGUGACGUACCAGGUCCAGAAGUUCCUGGAUAAAAAUUACGAUCAGGUUCGACAAGAGGUGCUGGAGUUGUUUAUGCAGAGUCACAACCGGAUGGUUUCAAAUCUCUUUCUAAAGUAUAGCGAGAUAUUAAAUCAGCAGAAAAAUGUAACACAGAGAGACAGCACAGUUACUCGACGAUAUCAACCGUCUACUGUAGCUGCCAAGUUCCAACACUCUCUACAGGACCUUCUGGACAAGAUGGAGAGGUGUAACCCAUUAUUCGUGCGCUGCAUAAAGCCAAAUAAUAAUAAGGAACCGGGGAUAUUUGAGCCAGAACUGGUGGCGGCCCAGCUCAGAUACUCCGGAAUUAUGGACACCAUCCUGAUCAGAAAGGAAGGUUAUCCGGUCCGAAUGACUUUCCAUAAAUUCUUAAACAGGUAUAAAGCGCUGCUGGGGCUGAAGAAAACCCCGCCUCCAAACGGAGACAACUGUGUCACCAUGCUAACAAAGCUGUGUCCAAUCAAAAAGGGCGAUUACCAAGUGGGUGUGUCCAAGAUCUUUCUAAAGGAAGACGUGUAUCAGCUGCUAGAAAGUAAGCGGGAUCGUGUGAGGCACCUGGCGGCGCUGACGCUUCAGAGAUACAUACGGAUGUACCUCGCACGUAAAAACUUUCUAAAGUUCCGCGUGAACAUGACCAAACUGCAGGCCAGGUGCCGAGGCUACCUCAUGAGGCGAUGUCUCCUACAGAAACGGCUGAUCCUCAUCAAGUUCCGCUCACCAGUUCAGCUCAUCGUCAACCGCAAGCGCUACAUCAGGGAUAACCUCAUCAUGGUCAGGAUGGCAGAAGAGGUGAGGAGAAGGCUAGAACAGGAGCGAGUGAGUCGAGAGGUGAUUAACGUGUCCCAGUUGGUCAUUCCUGCCGAACUUGGAGAGCUGCUGCAGGCCACAGCAGAUGGUAAAGAGGUGCAUUCCGAGUGUUUGGCUCGGGUUGAAGCGCUCAGAGUGCAGGUUUAUCCUCAACUCACACUCCCUCUGGAUAUCAAUAACUAUCUAAUGACCAAAUACAUCCGUUCCAACUUCAGGGAGCUGCAGUUUGGAAUGCUUACCGCACCUCUACGGGCUUCUCUGACUCGUCUGGAAGACGAUCUAACACAGGACGCUCUCGACAUCUUUUUACUGGUUUUACGUUUCAUGGGCGACCCGAACUUGAACGGCGCUCAAGAGAACCUGUUCGGGAAUUACAUCAUCCAACGGGGUUUGGCAACCCCACCGAUCAGGGAUGAGAUUUUGGCUCAGGUGGCCAAUCAGGUGUGGAGGAAUGAAAACCUGCGUAACGCUGAGAGAGGCUGGCUGCUAAUGGCGGCUUGUCUGAGUUCCUUCGCCCCAAGUGAUAAAAUGGCCAAAUAUCUGCUGAAGUUCGUAUCCGAUUACGCGCCGAACGGAUUUAAAGCGCUGUGCCAGCACAAGCUGCUCCAUGCCAUGCAGAAAUGCCAGUCGGGAUCCGAGGCAGCACGGACGUACCCUCUUUCUCUUCUGGAGUGGACUGCCAACCGCAAAAAAGCCCACAUGGCCCUCCAAGUACACUGCCUUGAUGGAAUGUCUUUGCUGUGUCCGGUUCACUCCUGGACGAGUGGUGAGGAUCUGGCACGUGAUGUUUUACAGCACAGGGGCGUGUCCUCGGAGAGCUGCUGUGGUUGGUCGGUGCUGAUGAAAGAGGUGGGUCAGUGGGUGGAGCUUGAAGGCCAUGACUACGUGAUGGAUCUGGUGUGUGAUCUCGAGCUGCCGUCGGACUUCCCGAAACAGAAAAGCUACUUCAUCAUCUCGACACACGAUCCCACCAGAGUGCGGCACAACGCCAGCAUAAGUCUUUUUGGCAGCGGAUUCGAUGGAGAAGACGAAGCACCGGUGACCAACAGUCUGCCGAUCUCUGAUGAUCGCUACAGUCCUUAUGACAGAGCUCAGAGGGGGAUGGACCGCUACGUGGACAGUCUGUUUGAACCUGUACUGUCAGAUGGAACUGGGGAUAUGGACAUGUCUGCUCUGUCUGGAAGAAUGAAAGGAGGCGGAGGUAUCGGUGCUGGCCACGGUGACGACGUUCCAUCCACUGUCAGGGUUCCUUUCUCAGCGGCUCAGCAACCAGGAGCGGUCAGGGUGCUGCCUGCUCUUCCAGCUGUUCCAGCUGUGCCCAGUGUGCCAGCUCAAGAUCCGCAGACUCUGAUGGCGCAGCAGCAGCAAACUCUCAUCAAUCAGCAAGCUGUCAUUAUGGCCCAACAGAUGACGAUGCAGGCCAUGGCCAUGGUGACGACGAGCCCCAUCUCCAGCCCUCCCACCAGUCCUCCUCCUACCCCCUACAUCCCUUACUCUGCAUUACCCCCGAGCCCGUAUGCCAACUUCCCACCCAGCCCCUACGCACAGGUUACGCCCUCAUCCUACACCGUUAACUCGAGCGUCACCUCGAACCAUCGGCUCGAGACGACGCAAACAUCCAGAAACGUCCCGGAACAGGGUAAAGACCUGACUGAAAGUUUAGAGAAGAGACAAAAUCCUGCUCCAGCGAAAGUUAUAAUAGACAAAAAGCCGGCCAGAAGACACGCUCCGGUAGCAGUCUUAGGUCCGAUGCGAUCGGCUCAGGCUCCCGAUACCGACGUGGUGAAAUAUUCCGUCUCCAACUCGGAGCAUAUCGUUCCCAGCCACAACAUAAAGGACAUCAUUAAACAAUAUCAAACUCCACCCGAGCCGCCGCAACCCGAGAGCAGGAGGAGAGAAGGCAGAGCUUUUGUGAAAAAAAUGAAUCCCCAUGACGAGGCCUUAAACAUUUUGAAGACGCAGAUGGACAUUCCGCCUCCUCCGCAGAGAAGAGCUCCAGCUUCGGUUACUGGAUCUAGACAGACUGGUCUCAAACCAACACAGAGCACUAAAAAGAGGGCGCCAGGACCACCAUUAAAAAUCCCACCAGUGUCCAGAGAUCUGCCCGUCGGAUCCGAAACCAUUCAGACGUCGCUCCACCUCAGCAGCGUGGACGAAUACUACACUUACACCAACGUCCCAUGGAAGCUCUACCUCAGGAAGGAGGUGUUUUACCCCAAGGACAGCUGGAAUCAUCCACUUGUGUUGGACGUCAUAUUCAAGCAGAUUGUUAACGACAUGUUUUCAGAGGCCUGCGUGCGCAUCACCAAAGACGAGCGGAUGAAGAUGAAGGCCUUGUUUACGCAACACAAGAUCGAGCAGCACGCACACGUUCAGGACGAAGGCGUGAAGAAGGCCGUGGUCUCGGCGGCCCGCGAGUCGUGGGAGAUUUAUUUCUCGCGCCUGUUCCCCGCGUCGGGCAGCGUAGGUACCGGAGUCCAGGUGUUGGCCGUGUCUCACUCCGGGAUCAAACUACUGAAAACGGUCCACGGCAGCGCCGACGUUCCAGAUUACUUCAGGGUUCUGAGAUCGUACAGAUACACCGACAUCCUCUUCGUGACCGUCCCGUCUCCCGACAUGCUGGAGUUUAACCUGACGAACGACAAGCUGAUCCUGUUCUCCGCCAAAGCGCCGCACGUCAAGCGCAUGGUCGAUCUCUUCAUCUCGCAGCUGAAGAAGGACUCUGAGUACGCCGUAGCUGAGAGGAACUACGUCACCCAAGAGCUAGCCCUGCUUAACUUCCAUAAAGGAGACAUCAUCCGCUUGCAAGCUAUGGACGGCCUGCAGGAAGGUCAGUUGUAUGGAUGUGUGGUGAAGAAGAAGGUCGUCUACCUGGAGGAGGUAAACAGAGACACGGCAGACUUCGGGUGGAGGUUUGAGCCGGUGAUGAGUCGCAGCGGUGCAUUUCCCGCAGACUGCGUCAUUCCGGUAUCGGUGCCGGAUUUUCUAAAUCUGCCCUCGGACAAACCAGGAGACAUGAGAACCAGAAAGACUCAGGAUCGUUUUGGUGAUUCGGCCAAUCCUGAAACAAAUGUCUUCCUGGACAGUCAAUACACCAUGGUGGAAUUUGCCCGGAAAUACUUCAGGCAGUGUGGUGGCGGGAAAAGCGAGAAAUCCAGGAAAGAUAAAGGUUGCAGAGACCCUGCAGAAAUGAUCCGAUUCAGUAAGAACCCCAUCCAGGAGUCACUGAUCGAGUUCGCCGAGCCGAACGUGAACCGAGUGGCCUCGGAGACGUUCCUGGCCAUAAUGAAGUUCAUGGGUGAUCAUCCACUCCGAGGCCAAUCUGAACAUUUUGUCCUCUGCACCUUUUUAAAGUUGAUCGGCGAGCACGGUCUGAUGAGAGACGAAGCGUACUGUCAAGUGCUCAAACAGAUCACCGCCAACACCAGCGCUAAACCAGACAGCUGUCAGAGAGGAUGGCGUCUGCUCUACAUUCUCACAGCGUAUUCCCCGUGUUCUGACGUCCUCCAUCCGUUCCUGCUAAAAUUCCUUCAGGAUGCAUGCACGAGCUCGGGAUCUCAGUUUCAGGGCAUCGCUAAAGCCUGCGAGCAGAACCUGAUGAAGACGUUGCAUUGCGGUGGGAGGAGCGUGUGUCCCAGCAGCAUGGAGCUCAAAGCCAUAGUGGCCGGACGAAGCUCAAAACGGCAGCUCUUCCUGUUUCCUGGAGGAAUUGAGCGACAUCUAAAGAUUAAAACCUGCACUGUGGCUUUAGAUGUCAUCGAGGAGUUGUGUUACGAGUUGGCAUCGCAAAGACCGGAGGCCAUGAACGAGUACACCGUAUUCAUAGUCACAAACAGGGGUCAGAACGUGCGGCCGCUGAAUAAACGGGAAUAUAUAUUAGACGUCGGUACAGAGGCCGAGAUGAUCGACAGCAACUACAGCUUCUGGUUCAGACGCGUGAUCUGGGCUCAGGCGCUCAAGUUCGACAACGAGCUCAGCGUCACUGUCCACUACAACCAAGUUCUCCCUGAUUAUCUGAAGGGUUUACUGAUCGUCCUGUCGCCAGAUAAAGUCAGCGAGCCUCAGUUUCAUCAGAUCGCUAAACUCGCUGCGCUGCAGCACAGAGCGAAGGACGUCGUCGGUGCUCCCACCAUUCAUGAGCUGGUGGAUUAUAUUCCAGCCCAGAUGUUUAACAGGCAGGGACCUCAGCAGUGGAUGCACCUGCUUACACAACACACACACGCAGUCCAGAGCCUCAACCCUCAUCAGGCCAGAUCACAGUUCCUGGGAUUGGUGUGUGCGUUCCCCAUGUUCGGCUCGUCCUUCUUCUACGUCCGGAGUAGUAACGACAGCACGAUCUCCACCCCCUGCAUCCUGGCUGUCAAUCAAAACGGCCUCCACUUUCUGCACAGAGACACUCACGAGGUCUUGGUGAAGUUUCCUUUGAAGCUGGUUCAGUCGGCAUACACGCAGCGGCCCAGCGCAGGAAAGAGCUACCCUUACGUGGACAUCUUACUAGGGGACAUGAGCAACCACAGAACUGCACAGUUACAGCUGGAACAGGGAUUGGAGCUUUGCCGUGUCGUCGCCAUGCAUGUCGAGAAUCUGCUGCUACGCCAAGAAAAACGACUCACUCUUCCUCCGAGUGAAAUCACGCUCCUAUAACACGCUGUAUUCACACGGAAUUUUUUCUCUUUUUUUUGCCAUCCCAUAAUACAUGCCCUCACAAUAGCAACGUGGUGCAGCGUACAGGACAUUAACAUAAACGAGUCAAAUACAAGAGCGACUGAAACUGAAUGUUGUUUCACAAGUCGUAUCACCUCUAAGCAGUCAUGAUGCAGGUUUGUGUGAACGGAACAGAAGAUUCGAUGUACAUAACGUAGAAUCGUGAUCAUUUUGUAUGAAACGUGUUUAUACGCCAUUUUGUGACACCAUGUUUGUUUGUUAAGAAGAUCACCCGACUUUGUGACUGUGUAUGGGUUGUUGUGUUUACACACACACACACACACACACACACGUUGUUACUCAGGAGAAUAUGAAAAUGUGAUUAUUCUUUUCCAUUUUGGACAUUUUGUAUGAAAUCUACUAAAUUUUACACCGAGUUAUCAACUUGUGAUUUAUUUAUACGCGUAAUUAUGUGGACGGUAAAAGGAGGACGAUUUUUACAUCAACACAAAAAUAUACGAAAACACAUUUUUGAUAUUAAAAAAAAAAAUAUUUGAUCAGAUUUACUUCGGUUUUGGGGUUCAUUACAUUCCAGAAAGAUCGGAAACGUUCUCCGUUCCCGAGACGCGGUGCUGCUGCGAGUCACAAUGGCGUCUGUUUCAUUACGAUCUUCUGGGGAGAUUUUUUAAAAAUAAUGCUGGUGUUUAAAAUAAACAUCUUUGCAAUACUUCUGAAAAUAAACCUUUUGAAACAGUAGCAGGAAGAAGAAUCAAAAUGGAGUGCUGCAUGCAUGUAGCUCCUGAUAGCUGAUUGGUCGUUUAUUUUAGCAGCACUCUAAUCAGAAUUAAC